AGUUACAAUCUUGAGGCGCUAAAUAUAAACAAUAAUGGAGACCGGUGAAACGCCGAAAGUGUUUGACCGCAAUUUAUGCCCAAUAUCCUGCUGUUUAAAGAGUAUUUCACUCUCAGGCAAUAGGAUAAGAUACUUAAAUGUGUCCAAAUUGAUGUGUGCAGAUCUUUCCUCCAGUUUAGAUAUGAAGUCUGGUGGAUUUCCAUUAUUCCUUGGUAAAGACGUGUUUGCCAGAUGUAACUUGACAAAGAACAAUGUCCAAAGAAUCCAUGCCCGGUACAGUAAAGAAGGACUUGCUACCAAAGUUACUUUUGAUGAUUUCAGAAUUGAUGGAAUGACACAAAACAAGGUCUGGUUUUACAGCAUCCAAGGUCUGUUCCACAUCAUUUUCUAUUACUUCAAGAAAGAUGUCCAGAAAGAUUGCCUGAAGAUUUUAACAGACAUUUGGUUACAACACAGUGAUGAUUCUAUAUUGUCAGAGGCAAUAACAUUGAGGUUGGACGAGGAAUCAGCCAGAAUUAACUUAUCAUCUCUAGGACCAGCAUGGAGAGAUAUAGAAUUAGUAAAUAAACAGUCCUCUGACAGGAAUAAACAUUGUACAUCAAAUACACAUUUAAAUCAUAAAUCCUUAAGUCAGCAUAGCAGUGGAAAUAAAGUUGGAUCACAAGAACAUCUGAAUUCCAAGAGUGUCCAAGUCAUACCAGAGCCGGAACAUUUAAAUGAAAGAAAACAUCCCUCAAUCAAAAAGAAAGAGAUUUAUUUAAAUAUGUCAACACAAACUGACAACCUGAAUUCAAACAUGUCAACACAGACCGAAGAGUUUUAUUCAGGCACUGUGGCUAGUCAAGCAGACAAUGUGAGGCAAACUAACAAUACAGCAGUACAAACAGAUGAAAUAUUUGUAAUUUUAGAAAAUGAUAGCAACUAUAACAUAAACGAAGAAAAUAUCUCAAAGCAUCCUCAUGUUAUCACAAAUAAUAGAGAACAAAAAACUAGAAUGGAUAUGAAAAAGACUGAAAAUCACUGUGAGCAGACUCAUGAAUUAGUAAAUGGCCACCAACAAUCAGAAAAUAAACCUCCUGCUGUGAAAUGUCCGUAUUGUGUUUAUUUAAAUCAGGAAAAUAGAAGACUGCAUCCUGAUUUAGCAAAUUGUUUAAUUAAAUUAAAUCAGUUCCUUAUGUUUAUGUAUUCCGAGACAGAUGAAGACUUUUUAACAUUAUUCUGUGAUGUAAUUUGUCUCUUUCUUGAUCAUUAUCCAAACAUUAUUUUACCCGUUACUUUCUCGACAGAAUUAUUAGAGGAGUUCAGAGGUUGUGACCCAGAUUGUAGUAAAAAUGAAAUUCAUGAUAAAUUUUUAAAUUUUAUUUGUAAAUAUGUUGGUAAAGAAUUAAAUAAGUUUGAGUCUCUGAUUUCUGAUAAUGUUGUUAAGUUUAAAGAAAAUCAUAUUAAGUGUAUUGAUAACUUGCCUCCACCUGAACAAAUCAUUGAUGAUAUAUUCCCAUUUUGUAUGAAGGAACUUAUUUAUCACUGGAUGAAUUCACAGAAAGAAUUUGACAAUCUUGAUAUGUAUACACCACAGCAAAAACGUUUAAGAGCUUCUUCCUCAGGGAAUACACCAGAUUUUCAAAUAAUACAAUUAAUUUUGGAGUUUGUUAAUAAUGCCUUAAUAUCUGGUGUUGCACAUGUUGUUUAUUCCAGAAUAAGAGCAGUUACAUACUAAUGAAUUGCACGAUCAACUUAUACAAUCAUAGAUAUUAAAUAAAUAUUAUAUAAUCUGACAUGGAUGAAGUUUUGUGAUAUAUUUUUUGUUGAAAGAUCAAGAAAGAGAGAGAGAUUUUACAUUGUCUAUGUAUAUGGGUUAUGCUAACUUUUACGUUGUUUGGUCUCUGGUGGAAAGUUGUCUCAUUGGCUAUCAUACCACCAGAGACAUAUCAUACAAGUCUCUGAUACCACAUCCUAAAAUUUUUACGUCUGAAAACCUUUAUUACCACUACCUUGAAGAGUUAACAAUUAUUUAAAUCAAUGAACUUUUUUUAUGAAACAUGCAUAGAACUAAGCUUUAAGCUAACAAAACUGACUCCUUGUCUAAAAAAUCCUAUCAGAGUUAAAAGUAAAGUGUUUACGUAUAUUUGGAAAACUAUAUCAAUUAGAGAAAAUUGACAUAGUAAAAAAUUGUUAGCACAUCAACUAUGGGUAAAAACUUAAAAGUGUAUAAUGCAAAAAUUAUCAGCAUCAUCCUACCUGUAACUAACUUUCCACCCUGAAUAUAUGAGAACAAUCUAAUUACUUGUUUUAGAGAUAUUGACACGGAAUAUCAGUAUUGAUUUGUAUUUUAAGCAGUUGUUGGAUGUUUUUUGUGAAAAUUAUAUCAGCUAGAUUGUAUGUACAUGUAAAAAAUAUCAUCCUGACCAUCUGUUGACCCUUAAAAGUGAAGCAGAACAUCUGUCAAGUAGUCAUUGACACUAAAAUAUCAAUUUAUUGUUUGCAGUGUCUGCUGUUUGUUGUGUAAUUUCUAGAAGUUAAAUAGUAUAAACUCAAAAUUAUCAGCAUGAUAAAUUCAUCUGC